GAGUAGCAAGGUGCUCGAAAAUGGCGACAGCUCGACAGCGUGAACAAACUUCAAAAAAAGCGUCGAAAGAGAAAGUAACGAAAGUUUCACCUCACAGUUUGAGAACAAGACGUUCAUCACUAAGAAUAGAAGAUGAAGAAGAUGCAAACGACCCUUCCGGGUGCAUGUCUUUGGACGUACUUGCACAGGUCGCAUCUGCUACUCUUCAGAAAGAACCAAAGAAAAAAAAGCUAAGAAAACGGAGUCUUCAGACGUUGGAGUUGCUAGACUUGGACCAGAUCCAAAGUCUGUCUGACAAGGCACUUCUCAGUUUCUUCUCUGAAAUGAAAUCAAAUGAAAUAACACGUAAUUUCACAUACACCUGCUACUUGAUGCCUAAAAAAUGCCAGGAACAGUUCAAAAGUUUUGGAAAUGAAACUCAAGCCAGGAUGAGGAUGAGAAACCACCUCCACAAACACAUAGAGAAGCUCAUUGAAGAGUUUAAUGAUUCCAACAUUAAAGGGAAGUAUGUGUUUCAAGCAGAACCUAUCCACGUAAGGAACAAGAGGAUAUCAGUGCUCUCAAGCAAAAAGAAGCCUGGAGGCAAGCGAACAAAAUUCACAGCAUUAAAGCAACGUGGUGAAAACAGUUCAGACACAGAGGAAGCAAUCUCAAAAGGAAAGCUGAGUGGUGAACAAACAUCUUUUGAUCUGGAAUGUGAGGAAAUGGCAGAGUUCUCAGAUGAUGAUGAUGAUGAUGAUGAUGAAUAUGAUGAAAAUAGUGUGUCUUCUCCAGGUAAAAAGAGCAGAUUUUCUCAAAAGCAGGCCAAUUUUCAUCCUUCAAAGUCCCCAUAUCGACAUAGUACAAGGGGAAAAUCAUUCAAUAAAAGAUCUGUAGAAGAUGUUAGAAAUUCUGAACAAGAUGACACUGAACGUCGAAUGGAGGAGAAUGAGCAGUUCAUCAUUGACCUCCUUAGUCGGACCCAGCCACACCAUGAUCACUGCUACACAACCAUAUUCGGUAAAAAAAGAGGAAUUGAUGAUAUCGUAUUCCAUGACACCUCUGAUGAGGAUACGGAAGAAGAUGACAUUGGUGACCAUAUUCGUGCAUAUGGAAAGAAGAUCAUUCGACCAGAGAAAGGAGUUGAGCCUAUACUUUGUCUGGGCAAUGUGUCGGUUAUGGACGAGUUGACAGGAACAGGGACAGAUGAAGCAUCAAAGACUAUUAUUGUGUGUUCAGAGGAGAUCAUUGACGACCUCCUGCCCGACGAUUACCAAGGACACAACGGCAAAAGACCCUACCCACCAAUGCCUAAGUAUGCCAUUGCCAAGCGAGGACGUGUGCAUGUCCCAGAGGAGUACGACCCCAUCAGUGAGGAGGAGGAACCACUCAUGUCUAACCCCAAGAGAAGGAAGAAGGGCAUGGUCACGAGCCAUCAGGAUCGGGAAAUCAAUGUGGAAUGGGAAAGGAAAUUGGCAUUGAAAUGCAUCAGAGAGCUGAAGCUGAAGAAGAAAGAGGACCGAUCUCCUCUCCACUGUAGGAUUUGUAAGGACAAAAAGUUCACAGCCAGCGCUACCCUUAUGUACCACUACCGAAGUCAUGCAGGUAUCAAGCCAUUUGUGUGCCUUAUAUGCAAUACGACGUUCACCCGCCAACACAGCCUUAACUACCACAUGUUGAUCCAUAACAACCAGAGCAGGUUUACUUGUAAAGACUGUGGCAGAAAGUUCAGACAUCCAAGUCACUUCAAGGAACACCUGCGAAGACAUACAGGAGAGACACCCUUUGUGUGUACAGAUUGCCCUCAGAAAUUCAAAACAAGAAACACGUACAAGAGACAUUUAAAGACGAGACAUGGGAAACUGCUGACAGCAGCUGGUAUUCGGAUUCUGAGUGUAGAAGAGUUCGCAAAAAUUCGGACAAAACCUUAUAGAAGGAAUGCUUCAGAGAAGAAGUCAAAAAUCUUGUGUCGUAAUCUUGACGCUCGUGUUAAAACAGAGCCUGUGGAGGCUGAUGUUAGCAAAGGCAAGGUUGUUGUUAAAUCUGAAUCAGUUGAGCACCAAUCCCCUGACAGUGCUGACAAUGAUGAGGAAGAGGAGGAGGAAGAAGAGGAGGAAGAGACAGAUAGUGAAGAAGGCCAGGUAGAUCAUGAGGAGAACUCGAGUCACGAGCCAGAACCCUACUUCGUACCUAUUAGUAUUGUUGUAAACACAUGAUUCCUUGAUCUUCAGCAGUAACAUGGUGAUGCGCCAUUGGCUUCACAGCCAUAAUUAACAUAUGCAAAUAGAUGGUCUCAAGCUCAUAAACUUGUAAUUGCAAUAAUCACAAUUUUAGAUAAGACAUGACAUUACAUUAUGAAAUAAAUGAGGCAGGGAUUUGUGUUGUGUAUUAGAGUAUAAAUUAAUACAUUUUAUGUAGCCCUGUGGAAAAUUGAUCGUAAUGUUUAUAUUGAUCUGCAGGUAUUGAAAUAUGAAUUUGAAAACUACUGUAGAUGACUUACGUUUUGCACUUACUUAACUUUUCAAACCUUUUGCUUAUUUGUGAGGACAUAAUCAUCAUCCAAUUAGCAUCUUAUCUUAUUUAUAGAUAAUUGUUCGGGUGACACUGGAAUAAGCAAUGAAUGCUUUAUGCGAAACUGCUAAAAAUAAUCGUGGAAAAUUCAGAGUAUAGACAUCUGCAUUAUAAUCAGUCUUUUAGAGUAACAAAAUGUAUUUUUAAAUAUUAACAGAUAUUGUUGCAUUGUUUUAACUUAUUCACAUGAAAAAGUCCCUGAAUGGAAAAUGUAGAAUCACUCAAUUCUCAAAAAAAUGCCAUGCCAAAUAGAAAACAUUCUAGCUGUGAAGUAUUGAAAUAUCUGUUUUCAUCAUUUGAUAUGACAAUUUUUCCUAAAUUUCUUAUUAAAGAACAUCGAUUUUGUACCUUUCCAGCAGACAUCAUGAUUAUAUACAUGUACCAGUGGAUAAAAUGUGAAAUGUGGAGUGCUAAGAGAUGGCAGCAAAUAUUGUUGACAGUUUAAACUUUGUUCUAUUGCCACUAUGUGUCCAAAGAUUUUUUUUCUUCAAAGGACGCAAAUGUAUUAAUAAUUAGGAAGAUGUAAAGGAAUUGUGAUAAAAAGUGCUUUUCAAGACAAUUUUAGACAUUGCAAGAUGGUUCUCUCUCAGAAAAUAAUUUGAAAGGUUGGCAGUGCAAAUUAACUUAUCUUGUUAAUGUUAAUUAAAAAUAUUCAAAUGACAAAGAAUCUCUUUCUGUUAGGAACAAAGAAGUUUGUUAGGAGCCGAAUCGCUAUGAUUUAAGAAAUUGCAUGAUUUACCAUAAUAUCUGUCAAUUUAGUAUAUAUGAUUUAAAUUGACUGGCAAGUUGUACAUGUAGGGUAUUUCAAGUCCUUGUAAUUGAACUUUACUUUCACACAUUUAUUUAUGUAUGAAUUCAUGAUCAAGAAGAGCAGUAAAUGAAAACUGGAAUAAUGGUGAACAAUGGAAUUUUUGUCCAGACAAACAAUUAAUAUUGACAUUAUAUAUACAUGAUUUAUAUGUUUACAUCAACUGUUCUGAGAAAUCUCUUUUUAUAAUUCAUACUUAAAUUGUUUGAGUUGAAAUCAUGUGCAAUAAUAAUAUUUACUCAGUCAUCCUUCAAUUCAGAAAGAAAAAAGUGGGAGUUCUCCCCCUUCAAUCAGUGUUUCGUGUACCGUUCUAGUGGCGUUCAUGAGUUGAAAUUUAAUAUACAGUUUCUAUUUUAAAACUGCUGGUAUACAUAAUAAAAAUUAAAAUACUUAAAUAAUCAAAGUAUAAAUUUGUAUAAAUAGAGAGAUUCUUAAAGGGGGAGACAGAGUAAGUGGGGCAAUUUAGAGAGAGAAAAGCUUUAAAAAGGGGAGUUAAUUUUCCCAAAGUGGAGAAUCGUUCUUUGAGGGUGAAACACUUUAAAGAAAAAGAAUGGGGAGUCUUUUUGAAGGGGAUUUUUGUCAUUCUUUUUUUUGUAAAAUGACUGGUUUCAUUACUUUGAUACUUAAAUAUUUUGACCAAAAUUGUUUUAUAUAAUUGUAUAAAGAUCGAAAUGGUUUCAUCACACUGUUACUUGUAUCAUAUUGACCAAUGUUGUAUAAAUACAGUGUGUAUAAAGUUGUACAGUAAAGAACAUGAAUUGUUUAAUUUGACCAACAUUUUAUAUAUUGUAUAUAGUUGUACAGUCAUGAUGUUCUGCGUCAGAAGUGCCAUUAUAUUAGGUUACAUUUGUUUAUACAAAACUUUAAUACCUGAGGACAUGGUAGAUGUAAUUUUAUGUAUAUCUUAACUAAAGAAAAGUAUGAUUUAUGAUGGCAAGUCAUGACUCUCUUCAUCCUUUGUUAGGGUAAAAAUAUCCUCAUAUUGUAUAAUUAUUGAAAGAUUUGACCAUUCAAUAGUUAGAUUCUCAGAUUUUUAUGAAGAAAAUUUCUGACACCAUUAUAUCCAGAUUGAUUAGGUCUUCAUGAUACAUUUAGAUAAAAAUAGAAUCAAAGAAAUUAAUAUGGAAAAAAGUCAACUUGUAGCAGGAUUCAAAUUGAUUGCUCUACGUUAGACAGCUUUCAAAUGUUGGAAUGGCCAACUGUAUAAAAAGCCUUUUGAGAUAUCAGAGUAUAGUUGAGAAAAAAACACCUGGGCAGUUAUGUUAAAAGCACAGAGAAUUUGUUGAGAUCACUCUGACUAUUCUAAAAAUUGUCAUUGAAGGAAUUAUCUGAAGAUCUUGUUUACAAGGAUUUUAAUAUGUCAUUAAAAACUUGUUGAUAACAGUUUCAAAAAUGAAUACUGACAUUCACUUGUAAAAAGCUAGUAAAGCUUACUGGACGACUUGGCCUCACUUUUUCAUAUUCAGAUUUUUUAAGAUUCUUGAUUCUUGGAUCAUCCAAGGGCAAUGUCCUCAUUUGUAAAAUCAUCACAAAAUGACUCUUUCUCUCUGGUCCUCACAUAUUGUGAAUAAGAUCUGUGGAACUAUUUCCUGAUAGUCUGAACAAAGUAAUUUACUGUAGUAUUUUUGUCCUCAUGCUGUGCAUGUAGAUAUAGGUGCAAUUAACUUUGUUGUUGGAAGAGUGAAUUCAAUCACUCAAAACUAAAAAUUCACUCCCACCCAACUUUGUUCCAUUGACAUCCGAUUACUCUAGUUAUAUCUUAAUGAAGGUUGGCAGUCCUGUGAGCCUGCUAUGUUUAUUGCAUAGCGCACGUGUAAUAUGUACAAAUUAUUUUGCUUAGUUAUAGCAACAUUUCAUUAAAAAUUAAGAAUAUCAAGUCUUUCAGUGAAUGAUCACACAGUUUUUAAUGUGUACUGGUAUAGGUAUGGAUAGCUUUGUCAUAAGCUCAUUUUUUUUCGGUGUGUUUUGACUUUUUCAAAGAAGGAAGAAAUGACAGCAUAUUGAAAUUUUGAUGUUAGAAAGCAUUCAUAAGGAAAGCUAGGGUUAUUUUAUUUUGUAAAAGUGAAAGAUGCAAGAUAAUUUUAAGGGGAUAUUUUCAUAAAAGUUUUAGAUUUUGGGAUUAGUCUUCAUCAAAUUAAGAAGAAAAUGUUUAUACUGAGAUAUAAAGACAGAAAGUAUUAAUUCUUUAGAAUGAGUUCCCAUUGAUUUUCAGUAUAUUAGACUUGUCCUUGUGAAUAAAAAUAGCUUAAUAUGAAGCAAUCUUGUGCUUUGAAUUCUAGGUUAAUUUUAGGCAGUACCAAGGCAAUGCAGUUUCUGUUCUUGGUUACGGGACAAAUAUAAACAUGCUACAGACUUGGCUGGAUCAUAUAACAUACACAUUAAAAAACACUAAAUGAACCAGAUAAAUAGUGAAAGUUGUUUACCUUUUUAUGUCCAUUUGUUUUGUAAAUUUCUGUGUCCUUUUGUUUGUUACUGAACAUAUUCAGUAAAACUUCAUAGACUUAUCAACCAGCACUUGACAGACCUCACAAAUUGAGAUCAAAUUAAAGUCACAUUUUAGUUGUUCUUAACUGAUCAAAAAAAUGAAUCUUUACAUGUAUAUCACUAGUAAAUAUUUGUGUCUGCUAUAAUUCCUGCUUGUAAGAUUGCUUCAUAACUCACCUUUUGUCAGGACUUUGUUAGGACUCAAUGAUUUUUUGAUUUUUUUUCAUUGACAAUCUUAAGUUGAAAUCUGAAUUUGUUCAUAGGUAUUUUUUUGUCUCAUUUGGAGUAAUCAUUUGUUUAAUAAUUGAAGUGCAAAUCACAGAAAAUCUCCCUGGCAAAAUAUCUUUUUUUAUGAACAUCAGUUAAAUUUUUAAUGAAAUGUAGAUAGACAUAGAAUUAGGAGAAUACUCCAUAGAAUUAGGAGAAUACCAGAGUCUAAAUAAGACAAAGUAUUGCCAUUCACUCUCCUGUAUAUCGGACAAGGUUUUGAUUCAAGGCAGGUUCUAGAAUACACUGUAUUGGUCUUGAAAGGUUGUACCCAUUAUUUAAUAUUUGUGAUCUGUUGUGCUAUUUUAUUUCAUGUUUGAAUAUUUAAAUGAUUAUCAUCAAAGCAUUUUCUGCUUCUGUUCCGUGAAGAAACCCUAUUUUGUUGUUUAUGUACACUAAUUCUGAUGUCGUCUAAAUGACCAGGCAUGAUGCAGUGUAAAAUAUGAAAUUCUGUUAUAGGUUUAAUGAACUUGAUGACAGUGAUCUAAAUUUUGUAUAUAAGAUUAUGUACUUGUGACAAAGUCCUUGUCCAUGCAGGCAUGAAAUCAAUGUUUUGUAUUCCCCUGGAUGUUUAUACGACAUUUUACCAUAUAAUACUGCAGUCUUGUAGAUCAAGUUGAGCUGUGAUCUGUUGUUAAUAUUUGUUGACUGUUGAACUACAUAGUAGUUGUAGCUAUAUUCAUUUGUUAAGCAGCUACCAAACACAGGAGCUGAAGGGGAUGACGUUCAGCAGGGACUAAAGCAACCUGUAAUGUUGUUUAUAAUACCGGUACCUAAUAAUCUUUUCUUAAAUUCCAUAAUAAUGUCUCACCACAACCACAAUAUUUUGUUUACAUCUUUUUCUAUAGGAUUAAAGAAAAAACUUUAUGCUAGAAAUAAAAUGUUGGUACCCCGGUACAUUGAUUGGUAAUAUAAAUAGCGUUUUGAUUAAAAAUAAUAUAAGAUAUAUUCAAGGUAUGAACAUCUGUUCCUGAUGAGUGGUGAACCCCUUUGUCGAAUUUAAAGAAAAAAAAUCCUUACAGGGAUGUAAUAAUGGUGACCAUGUUGACAGAUAAAUAAUUAUCAUUUGUUAACAUGUACAACCUACCAUUUUUCCUGGUUGGCAAGUGGUUUAAUCGUUUUCCUAGUUAUGAAUCAAUUUUAACUUUGUAGGUAUUAAGAUCUGACAAUGUUCGACCAAUAAAUGUAUAUAUACUGUUCCUGUUUCAUUUCUGGCACAUUCACCCUUGAAUGAGAGGCCAAAUUGAACAUAACAUGAAUAAUGUGUAUCUAAAUUUAAGAUUUUUAUUGAAAAGAACAUCAAUUAAAGAAAUGAUAAUUAUGAGGGUAUGCAAAAAGUCUUAUAUUCAUUUUAUUCCAUUAAUACUAUUACCAGGCUUCUUGGUAAAUCCUGAUGUCUAGAGUUGAGGGGUUUGAGGUUCGAAUCCCAGCCUGGCCAUUACUAUGUUUGCACUUCUGUUACAUUACUAGAGUAUUGCAUUAAAUUGUUGAGGGUAUAGGUCUCUGGCAUGGACCAUUGAUAUAAGAAAUCUCCAUCAUUACUAAAAACAGAGACCUAUUUUAAUAUGUCUGCUGAAGCUUAUUAUAUACACAUACAUGAUUUUGUAUAUAUGAUACAUAAGACCACAUAUAUAUUGCUAUAUUGAUCAUGAAUAAAUAACCAUCAA